GCUCCAGCACGGUUGGCUCAAACUUUGCAAGACUCGGCGGCCCGCGACUUGCCCUGAGUCCAUUAGCGAGCCAAGUGCUGCGUUGACAGCUGACCCCGGCGCAACAAAGUUGUUUGGGGAGUGACAUGCUCACACGGCUUCAGUUAGGACUGGGAAUGCCCUGGCCGUGUUCCGGGCGCCAGCGGGUGCAGAAGUGAGGGCUGGGUGUCACGCCGGAAAGCACGCAAAUCCUUUUGGCCAGCAGCUGCUGCGCCAUAUAGAUGCAGCCGGCACACCAUGGCAGUCGACACCCAGUGGUUCACACCCUCAGGGUCAGUCGAGCAACUGACGGACGGCAUGCAGUCGGCGGACCCGGGUGACUGCAACCCGAGUGCUGCAGCUGCUGCACCCAGCAGGCCUGCUGUUGAGUCGUGCCGAACGGCCGGAGUGGGGCUCAGGGCGCGCGGCCCGCUGACAAGGCCACUGCAUCCCAUGCUGGCAGCCGGCGCCGUGCCACUGCUCCUGCUACUACUGGCUAUGGUACUGCAACUAGGGCGGCCCACGCUGGUCACCGCUGCAAUGGAUCCAUCACCGGCACUCCCUCCUGUGGAGAUGAACCCCUCCGUGAUGGUGGUGGGCUCGUUCGACUGGGGGGACAGGUGUACCGACAUGGUGCGGCGGGCGGCUGAGGCCGGCGGGUCGGUGGUCAACUUCGUGCCCACACACUACUGGCGAGGGGGCGGCAGUGGCAGGGACAGCAGGGACAAGGGGGAGCCGGUGCAGGACUUCUGUUACAUGGACAGCUCCCGUUCAUGUGUGGCAUUUGACUCCGCUGCGCUGGAGACCUUCCGGGCCGGCAUGGCCCGCUGCUUCACCGCGGCGGUCCAGGCCGGUCUGGGCGUCAGCGUGGUGCCGCACCUGGACGACGGAGCGGGCAGGUCAGGCGCCUGGCGCAAUGGGCUGCUGUUCAGCCCGGUGCGGCAAUAUGGCGCCUUCUCGUACACACAGGUGUUGUUGGACCCGCUGGCGGACGCCCUGGCGGAGGCCAUUGCCGACAACCCGCCAGCGGGCGACGCCGGGGAGCCCCGUCAGCCCGUGUCCGUCUGGUUUGCGCUGCAGGGGGAGAUGAGUGCCACUGUGUUGCGCUACCCGCACGAGUACACGCAGCUGGUGGCUGAGAUGCGGGCCAAGCUGCUGGCGGCGCUGUGGGAGCGCGGCGUGUCGGCGGAGCAGGUGGACGAACAGCGGGUCGCUACCAAGGUGGGACUGUCCUUUAACUACAACAAGUUUCUCAGCUGGAGUGAUACGGACCCACAUUUGGAGGAUACCGGUGGCGAUGCGCAGGACAUCGGCGACAACGCCGAGCCGCCCGGCAGCGACCAGUCCCCGUCUCCCACUGCCCCGGCCGCGGGUGUAGACGUGGCGGCCCUAACGCAGCUGUUUCAGGAGGUGGACUUUGUGGGUGUCAGCGCAUACGCCCCCCUAAAGCCCGACUUCCAGCCGCAGGACUUGGACGUUUCAGCUACCACUUUCUUUCAGGAGAUGCGGGACACCGUGGGACUAGACCUUGCCGCGCUGCUGCGCCGCCGGGGCUGGGGCAAUGACCCAACUGGUGGUUACAAUAAUGACACAGAGAUGGCAGUAGAGUUCCACUACUCGGAGUUUGGCGUGGGCGGCGGCGCCAACGGCGGCGGCCAUCGGGCUGCCCGCAACCCCACUGCCGCCGCUGCUGCGCCAUACUGGGGCAUCUCGGGCGUGUACCGGUCCUUCACCGACCCCUUCAGCAGCAGCGAGGUGCGGCCGCAGCGGCUGCGGCUGUGCAGUGUGUGGGUGCAGUUGCUGCUGCAGUGGAUGCGCCAGUGGCGGCGCUCAUUCUACUCGCGUGCGCUGGACUGGCUGGCGGCGGGCGCCACAGUGCGCCUGUCGGACCCUGGGACCACCACAGAGGUGGCCCGGCUGCCUGUACGGCAUUGCUUUCUGUGGAGCAUGUGAGUGCCUAUCAAUGUACGAGCGCUAGCUGUGCCUGGGGCGGCUUUGUAUGUGUUGCGAGUACCGUUAGCCAUAUUGCCUGUGUUACGCUGGCAUAUAUACGUGCACGCACGGCUGCCCGCAGGGGCUCCUGGGAUGUCCUCGGCGUGUACCCGGAGAGCUCUGCCA